UUCGGGAUAAAAAAAGAAGAAAGCGGAUUUGUUACCAAGGUAUUUCGAAUAGUCGAAUGGGUAAAGCGUGAGGCUGGUCGAUUGUGUAUUGAGUUCUCCACAAUCUUUUUUGUCAUUGCAUAUCCGUGGCUUUAUAUCCCG